AUGAGUCAAUUGUAUCAUGACACUUUAUAUUGCAUCUUGGAAUUUGUUAAUAUUCGAGAUGGUGUUUCUAUUCUCUCUGUUUCAAGAUCGUGGCAUGAAUUGGAUCGAUAUGAAAUUGUGUGGAAAACAUUACUUUCGAAUUGGUUGAAAAUUAAAAUUCAUGACUAUUCUAAUCUGAAAAAGAAUAUUGGAAAGAGUGAUGAGAAAUAUUGUGAAAAGACAUUAACUUGCCUUCGGAAACUAUACAAACAAAACAUUGAGAAUGAAAAACAAGUGAAAAUUAAUUUUAUGGGAAAUGAUUCGAAUAAUGAUCAAUCAAUAAUGAAUAAUGGAGAAGAAUAUAAGAAAUUAGUCCGUUCUGCGCUGUAUUCAGUGUUUCGUGUGAAUAUGAUGAAUGGAUUUGGAGUGUUGGUAAUGAAAAAUUUAGGGGAAAAUAUAUUGGAAUUUCAACAUUCGAAUGUGUUUGCUCAAUUCCACCUCGAUCAGGCAAAAAAGUUUAUUCUCAACAAGCCAAUCAACAAACAAGAACUCACACUGGAAGAAUCAGAGUAUUGGAAUAGAUUCUCUCCUUCUCUUUUAAAUUUCUGUGUUCAAAGAAAGCAAUUCGAUAUUUGUAAAAUGUUGAAUAAUUUCAGGCCAACUCUAAAUGAUCGUCUUCUACCAAAGCUAUUGUUUCAAUUUGAUGAGAGAGAGAAAUUGGAAGCUAUUAAGAAUUAUAUUUUAAAUUUCAAAGAUCAGAAUGGAUACAAUCUCACUCCACAACUUUCUGGAAUUGUUAUGAAUUUCAAGGUCACAAACAUUCUAGGAUUUGAAUAUUUAAGGGAGUGUGUAGAGAUUCUGUAUCCUGGCAAUUGGAAUCAAAUAUUGGAAAACUCUGUCAAGAGUAAUCGAUUGGAACUGCUCUCUGAAAAGAAAAUUGGAAAUGUGGAAGAAUUUGUAGAGUUUUGUAAAAUUGCAGAAUUGAAAAAAAUUGAACUUUAUAUGGCUCCCAGGUUUUGUAAUAUAUUUUCACAUGGAUUUGAUUUUUUGCAUGUGCUGUUUAAAUGUGAACUGAUUGAUCAAUUUGAUAUGAAACUCCUUCUUCACAAGUAUCAAUUCAGAGAGAAGGAAGUGAUGAAAUUUAUUGAAAUUAUGCCAGAUUUUGAUCCAUAUGAAUGUGUCCUAGAUCAUCGAGGUAUAGCUCACAACUUUGUGAAUACUUUCCUCACAAAACCAUAUGGUGCCAUGACACAUUAUUUCAAUAAUUACUUUGACAAAUAUCCAAAAUUUAAUCUUGUACAACUAAUUCACAAAUUGAAUGAAUUAGAUGGAGGAAAUAGGCCUGAUUCAUACUAUGAUGAGUAUCUUAACAAAUUUAUAGCGUCAUUAUUUGCAGAAUUUGAAUUUAAUUGGUUUGAGGCUAUUGAUGCCAUUACUAUUUUGGGAAAAUUCAUCACUCACUCACUCAAUAUUGAAUGUCUUGUGAAAAUUUGUGAAAAAUAUAAUGAUUGGAAUCCAGAAGAAAGAACAUGGAAUGUUGGUUGUUUUAAUGCCUUCCAAACUUUGUUGGAAAACGUGCAUUGUAUCAAUUACAAUGGUGAACAUAUUCCAUUCGUAGAGUAUUGUAAAACAUUCUAUCAAAAUUAUCAAUAUUCUGAAUUGGAUAAAGAUAUUUAUUCGAAAGAUACUUGUUGGAAAGUGGAAAAUAGGGAAAAUCUUGCAAAACUAUAUCAUACAGCUCUCAAUUUAAUUCACAAACUCAGUCCACAAGAUCAGGAGGACAUGGUCAUUUAUACAAAAAUAAGAUCCAUACCAAGAUAUCGAAAUUUUACAACAUAUGAAACUCUGUACAGGGACGAAGAUUUAUAA